ACCAGGCUUUCUCCUAAAUUCCUCCACGCUAUUCUUCUCUCUUUUUGGGUAGAAUGUUCAAGCAAAGAUCACUCUCCCAUCCGCACAUCCACCUGCUCCCUAGGUGCUAAUUAAUUGAAUAUUUACGCUGGGUGGGGGUGUCCUGUAAAAUUAAAUCUUCAUUAGAUCGAUGAAGAAGAUGAAGAUGAGGGACCAAGUCAACGACCCUACCUCCCCGUCUCCAACCAACUCUGUGCGUCAAUUCAACAAAAAAUUUCCUACUUCGGUGACGGAAGAGACGGGGGAGGGCGUGAAGAGCGUGGUGGUCCUCACGCCUCCAUUGUCACUGGACGAGGAAUCCGCCGGCCAUUACAGAGUUCCCAAUCUUCUUCAGCGAAUUCUCAGUCUCUUUAGUAAUGUACGUCCAGGAUCAGAACUCACGCGCUUCCAGCUGCCACCCCUCUUCAACAUUCCAAAGUCGCAACUUCAGUGUUAUGGGGAAUCAGUGUACUCUGUUGGUGACGAUAUUUUGACUAGGUGCUUCAAUGGGAACAGUUCACUCGAGAGAUUUGCAUCUGUUGUUGCAUGGAGCAUAUCUGCUUUGCGCCCUCUGAUCUUUGGUGUUGCUCCUUACAACCCCAUUCUGGGUGAGACUCACCAUGUCUCAAGGGGCAGUCUCAAUGUUUUACUUGAACAGGUUUCACAUCACCCUCCAGUGACUGCUCUUCAUGCCACUGAUGAGGAAAAUAAUGUUGAAAUAAUAUGCUGCCAACAUCCUGUUUCUAAAUUCCAUGGUGCUUCAAUAGAAACUGAGGUAAUUGGUAAAAGGCAGCUGAAACUCCUGAAUCUGGGGGAAAACUAUGUGAUGAAUUCUCCGAAGCUUUUGGUCAGAUUGUUGCCUGUACCUUGUGUUGAUUGGGUCGGUACUGUUAGAAUCCGGUGUGAAGAGACCAGCCUUCAAGCAGAGUUAUGUUAUAGAGGUUCUUUUCUGGGCCGAAGGGGAAAUCAGAGGUCUGUUAAAGGAAAGAUUUUUGAGUCAUCGUCAUCAAACACUAUUUUUGAGAUCGAUGGCCAUUGGGAUAGAAUUGUUACAAUGAAACGUGUCAGUGAUGGGGAACUGAAGGUCUUACACAAUGCAAAAGAAGUUAUUUCAGGAUUAAAAACUCCUACAGUUAAGGAUCCAGAGGGAGUGUGGCCAAGUGAAUCAGUAGUCGUCUGGGGUGAGGUGAACCGAGGCAUCCUGAGCAAGGACUGGGAGAAGGCAAGAGAAGCAAAGAAAGCAAUUGAGGAGAGAGAAAGAAAGCUCUUGAGAGAGAGGGAGUCAAAUGGUGAAACUUGGGCUCCCAAGCAUUUCACCGUAUCUCACAUCGAGAAAGGUGGGUGGGAUUGCUCACCUAUUCAAAACUCUGUUCCUCCAGCUCCUAUUGUUGCCCCCAUCUAAUAUUUUAUAACCUAGUGGCAUGUGGCUGCAAUUGGUGUUUCGGAGCAUUUGAGAUUCCAAAAUUUAGUAGCUGGGCAAACUUAUCCGGAAAUGUAAUUAAUCUACUAAUGUAACUUUGUGAGUUUCUGAUAUGAGAGUUUCCAAUUGAUAAGUA